AAGACAGAAAUCGAAACUACCUUAAUGGCGCACGCAUAUAGAAAAAAAUUAGAAAUUUUAAAGGUUUCUAAAUGUAUCUUGGUCAUAUUUGGAGCGUGGCGGAAUGAGUUAACGGAAAAAGCAUACCUUGCGAGAUGUUAUUUCUUGUAUUCCUGUUUUAUUCACCUUUACAUGACAGUCAUGAUAGCAAGUAUGUGUGGCUGGGUCGGCGUUAGCCUCAACAACAAAAACAAGUCGGCGCAAGAAAUGGAAAGGUUGAUUACCGCCAUUACAUAUCUUAGUAGCACCUUCGUUGUUAUGAUUAAAAUAUUCCUUUGUCAAGGCGCUGGCGUCCGAAGAACAAUUUCUUUCGUACUAGAGGAAGAAAACAAGAUCAACGAUACCCAGGACGAAGAUAUAUUUAACAGUCAUUCAGAACAAGUCAGAUUUUGCAAUAGCAUCAAUCUUGUUCAGGCGAUUUGUUACUUGUUCAUAUACGUGUGCUUUGCGAUUGUCGAAAAUUUGGUAGCCAGAAUCAAGGUAGAGCAAUACAACAAAGUUCACAACGAAACAUUGAUCAAACCGCUAAUAUACGACUUAUAUAUUUACAAAAUUGACCCUAUAAAGUACGAAACGUUUUUCAUGUUUUACUGUUAUAUCGGCGCCGCCGUACUGCUAUCGUACGGUAUUGCAACUAAUAUCAUCUUGUCCUGUAUCAUUUUUGGGUCAUCGGUGAUAAAAGCUCUGCAAAUUAAGGUCCGUAAAAUCGCGGGACAUGGUAACACAUUUCUCGUUAGUAUGAAAGAGUACGUGAAAGAACAUCAGCAACUUAUAAGGUUUGUCGAAGACUUAAACAACUCCCUUAAAUAUAUCAUCCUAAUAGAGUAUAUAACCACUUCAUUGACAAUAGCGCUAGUGGCCCUACAGUUCGUAGAGGACAAGACUUCUACAAUGCGGAUAGGUAGAUUGGGUUAUUCGGGUUCCUUUGUUGUAUACAUCCUUUCGCUGGGAUGGAGCUCGAAUGAAAUCAAGAUUCAGACCAUGGCGAUGGCUGAUGCUCUAUACGAAUGUUCCUGGGUCGAGCAAAGUGAAGAAGCUAAACGCAUACUGUUUAUAAUGAUGAUGAGGACUAACAAACCUUCGCAGCUGACUAGGGGUCCAUUUGCCGAAAUGACGCUUCAGUCGGCUAUAACGGUGCUGAAGGCCGCUUACAGCUACGUUUCUAUAAUGAUUAAAUAACAAGUCACCACGAUGCAGUUGAUAUAGGUUUGCAUAAGUAUCAAAAUAAAUAAAAAUCGACUUCAAUAAAGUUCCAAAAAAUUGAAUCUCGUGAAUUUGAGACUUUUAAAUUUUAACUCUCAUUUUUAUUUUAAAUUGCGACUGGAAGAUAUAAAACUUAUUUCGACGAUUAAUGUUUCCUUAUUUCUGGAUUUUAUUACAAGUUAGGAGGGAAGCGACUGAAGCAAAUUUUAACUAAGCAACAAACUCAACAAUUAUAGUAAAAUGAAAUGGAUAAAAUGUUCAAAAUGAAUAGAAUUAAAUAAUAUCAAUGGUAAUAAUAAUAAUAAUAAAAGAAUUUAUUGAAAGGCACUAUAAAAGGCAAAGUUGAGGCAGAGCCUCCUAACUGUCUUCAGAUAACGACCAAACGGGUUAGCGCUAACCAAAAAAGCCACUCCAGUAACCAUACAAUAUUUAAUUUAAUUAAUAUAAUAAUUAAUCUGAAGCAAAGAAACAGGAAGAAGUUCAAAGUGCGAAAUAAGAAGCAGGCAGGACGGCAGGUCAAAGCGGAAUUUUAUAUUCUUGUACAGAAUCUGGACACUUUUUAUCAAACAUUUUAUUAAAAAGAGUCGGUGCAUUAUAUUCAGCCAUUUAAUUCCUAGAAGUUUACUUACUUUUUACUUACGGAUUCCGCCUAUUGUUGAAACGCAAGAGUACUGCAUUAAUUGUAUGCAAAAACCGGACAUAAAAUUUUAUUCGAUAAAACAAAAAUUCUUGCAAGUAAUUAAUUCUUCUACCAAGGAAAAAUCCGAGAGUCUAUAGAAAUCUAUAAGCAACCUAAUAAUCUAACUGCGACUCAGGUUACCAAUAUGGGAAUCAGUCAUCAGCAACCUUACAUUCUUAAGCGCGAUUGUCGCCAAUUUGGAGUCAUCCGAGACGGUGUUUACGUCCUCAUUUAGCUCCGCCCCCUUAAACAAUAUAAAAGCAGGUACAGAGUAAAAUGCGAGUCAGUUCCACUCAAGCUCUGAAUAAGGCAACAGGAUGAUUGGCGAGAAGUUAGCUAGUUCGACUCAAUAAAAACCGACGCAGGAGGAAUAUAAGUUUUAUAAAAAGUAAAAACAUAUGAACUCUUCCAACACUCAGGAAUAACGUGAGUUUCAGUUAAAAAAUUUGCUAAAUAUGUUACUAUGAUAUAAUAUAAUAUAAAAUAAUAUAACAUAAUAUUUUGUCGGUACCAAUACCCUCCGAUUUUAUAACACAAUUUAUAUUUAUAUUUAUAACUAAUUUCCUACAAAGUAGCUAAUUUCUGGAAAAUUCCUCCUUUUUAAUAAAACAAUAAAACUCAAAUGUUGUUGGAGGUAUUCGGUGGAUGCGCUGGUUUAGUGCGUGUUAGAAUUGAAAAUAAUAGAUUCAUUGUUUCCUGUAUAGCUUGCCGAAAUCUUCUUGAGACUAGCAAAUUGAGA